AUUAGUUUUUGCUGACAGUAUUCACGCGAAUGAACUGCACCAUAACAGCGUUCAGCAAAAUAUACAACAUAUAAACCGUUUACCACCUAUUGCGCCCUACUGAACGCAGCCAUUGUUUGAUUGGCGGCUGAAAGUGGCUAGAAGCGCUGUAUACAUGUUGGAUAAUUACGAUAGUAUCUUUGAUAGUAUAAAACAGCAUAAUAAUUGAAAAUGGCGCAGAAUGCACCAACGGUUAGAGAACUCGACAAUAGUUUUACGAAAAUGGCAAUAAACAUUAUGAAAUACUAUGUCGAUGAGAAAGAAAGAGAAGAUAUAUUGAAAGAAUUGAAAAAUGUUGUGAUAGAGAAUUGUCGUGUGACAGAACAGAUAAAUGCCACAAGUCAGAUUAAAGAUCAAUUAGGAAGCAUCGAUGAGUUAAUAUUAGACCAUGACAUCAAAAGUAUCAAGAAAACAUUUAGAAAAGCUAUGAAUACAAUCCAAAUCAACCCAUUGGAAGACCCGAGACUGUUGGCGUACAAUCGUCAAAUGGAAGAUGUGCAGUUUGCAAGCCAGCCUGGCUCAUCAAACAAUGUGUUGGAUGACUCAAAUACCGAUUUGUGUCUCACAAGUACUGAAAUAAACGUUAUCGAUCCGAUUACGAAGACAAGGAUGACCAAUCCUGUGAAAAAUGCAGCCUGUGGUCACGUGUACGACAAGGAAAGCCUCAUUGCGGUGUUGAAGAAGAACAAAAAGACAAGGUGUCCUGUAGUGGGAUGCAGCAACACUGAAUAUAUAAACCUAUCCCAGUGUCAUGUCGAUGUCUUGAUGAAAGCAUAUCUGGAGAAAAAUUCAGCUUGAACUCGAAAGCAACAACGCAUUCCCAACUCUAUAUUAGAUACGUCGAGUGAACAUAUAUUGUGUACAUACUAAUAUAUAUAAAUCGCCAUAUUUCAUAAGCUAAUAAAAAGUAAUUUUCUACUGCA